ACUUACAAGACCUGUGUGUUUUGGUCAAAAAAGUUUUAAUAAAGCCAAAGGUAGUUGCUUUUUUGCUUCUGAAAAAACAUUGUCUGCGGUGUGAAAGCAGCUUCAUGGGUUCAUACGUCGACAAUUAUAGUAUAAUACAAGACCUCAGUUUUUUUUUAUUGUGAGAAGAACUUAUAACCGUCUCUUUUCUCGUCUGAUCAACGAUGGCAAGACAAAAUAAUGUGUGGGGGAGGGUCGAGGAGCUGGAACGACUUGAAAGCUUAAACAUAGACAUCUCCUCGAGUUCAGCUUUGGAGGAACUGUUCAGAGCUGAUGAGUUGGCAGGUUGUAUCAAAGAGUUAUGCAUAAGAGAUGUUAAAGAAGAAGCAUACAAAACACUUGUUUUGCCAACGAUGGAGCGUCUCAGUAAGCUCAUCAUAAGGAGCUGUGAUAUAUCUGAGAUAGAGAUUGGGAGGACGCCAUGGGACAUUUUUCUGACUAGGACAAGACUGAGAAACCUCACAAGUGUGAUUGUAACUGGCUGCAAUGGACUAAAGGAUUUGACGUGGUUGUUGCUUGUUCCUAACCUUACUCAUCUCGAGCUUCAGUGUUUGGAGAAGGUAGAAGAGAUCAUAAGCGAGGAGAGAGUUGCAAGUAGUGUAACAGAUGAGCCGAAAGCGCGAGGUAUGAAUACUCCUUUUCAGAAGCUUGAGAGGCUUGAGUUGAUCAACUUACCGAGGUUGAAGAGAAUCUACUGGAGUCCUCUGCUCUUCCCUUGUUUGAAGAAGAUUGUAGUAGAAAAGUGUCCAAAGCUGAGGAAGCUUCCACUCAGCAUUAAGAGUUGUGUUGGUGGUGGUGAAGAACUUGUUAUAAACUACAGAGAUGAUCAGUGGUUUAAAAGGGUUCGAUGGGAAGAUAGCCACUAAAGACCGUUUCUUACCUUGCUGUGAAAAGCUCCUGACCACGUACUCAGAAGGCAACAGCUCGUGACGCAAGCCAGUUUCCAGCAAAAUCGCUACUGUUUGUGUUUACUAUCCUUAUGAGUCGUCUUUUGUUUGUAUUAUAGUGUGCUAUAUAGUCUGUGGCUUGAUAUGGAAUGGAACAGAGUCAUAUUUCAUCUAUCAUUUGUUAAGUGUGAUUGUAAUUUGGUGUGUUUAUCAUAUAUAGUAGUACACUGUGUUGAAU